AUGUCCCUCCCCAGAUCACAAUCAAACACCAUCACAACAGAUUCCACAUGGGAUUCAAUCCUCCCGGGCCCACCUUCCCGUAACAACUUUUCCUCGCUCGAUCUCUCCUCUUCAAAUCUCCUCGCCUUUCCCUCCGGUUCUUCAAUUUCCAUCGUCGAUUCCGUUUCCCUCCAAUUAAUCUCCACAUUUCCUCUCCCUCCUCCUCCUGCUUCCACCUCCUCUCCCUCUCUCUCCCCCUUCGUUACUUCCGUACGCUUCACGCCUUCUCCUCUCAACCGUAACCUCCUCUCCACCGAACCUUCCUCCUCUCACCUCCUCCUCGCCGCCGCCGACCGCCAUGGCCGUAUUGCUCUCCUCGAUUUCCGCCUCAAAACUGUUGUCCUCUGGCUCGAACCUGAUCCCAACCCGAAAUCUGGUAUUCAAGACCUCUGCUGGGUCCUCUCUAGCUCCGAUUCCUAUGCUCUCGCUUCCAUUUCCGGUCCUUCUACUCUUUCUCUCUACACCACCACCGGCACGGCUGCUAAUGCCAACGCUUCGAGUUACUGUUUCUUUAAGUACGACGCGUCGCCGGAGUUUUUGUCGUGUGUUCGUCGCGAUCCGUUUGAUUCGCGGCAUUUUUGUGUGAUCGGACUUAAAGGAUUUUUGUUGUCGGUGAAAGUGCUUGGAGAGAGUGAGAAUGACGUCGUUUUGAAGGAAUUUCAUAUUCCCACGGAUUAUAGUGAGCUGUUGAAGUUAGAGAAGGAUGUAACACCGAGUGGUGGUAGUGGUGGAGGAUCGUUGGUGCCGGCAUCGGCUGUUUUUCCGUUGUAUAGUGUGAAAUUGGCGUUUUCGCCGCAAUGGAGGAAUAUUUUGUUCGUUACGUUUCCUAGGGAGCUUGUGGUGUUUGAUUUGAAGUAUGAGACUGUGCUUUUUAGUGCUGCAUUGCCUCGAGGGUGUGGGAAGUUUCUAGAUGUGUUACCGGAUCCGAAUAAUGAGUUGCUUUAUUGUGCUCACCUUGAUGGAAAGCUCAGUAUUUGGCGGCGAAAAGAAGGAGAACAGGUGCAUGUAAUGGGUGGAAUGGAGGAGUUGAUGCCGUCUAUUGGAACAUCAGUUCCUUCUCCUUCGGUUCUAGCUGUUGCUAUAUGUCAAUCGGAGUCUACACGCCAACAUGUCGCUAAGAUUUGUUCUGAUGCACCUAACUCUCCUUCGGCUGAGGUGGAUUUUGACAAUCCUUUUGAUUUCUGUGAUGAAACUGUUGUUCACUCCACAACACAUAUGAUCUCCAUUUCUGAUGAUGGAAAAGUUUGGAACUGGCUGUUGACUGCUGAAGGGACUGAAGACAAUCAGAAGGAUAUGGUUUCUGAUUCACAUGAAAUGCCACUUACAGGGGCCAAUACCAAUGCUGUAGCUUUGGCUGAUGGACUUGGCCAAGAAGCAGGCAAGCAACAAGAACUUGGGAAUGGCAAUAAAAACCGCCCGCCAUCUACUCUGAGCCAGGAAUUGUCAUUUAAGACUGCAAAAGCAUUUGCUGAACAGAUAAAAACUAUGACUUCAAAAUACAACAAUAGCUCUUCAAGUUUCUAUCAGCUUAGUUGGACAGCUGCAGCUUCUUUCUUCAGCAGUUACUAUGCUGGCUGUACCCUCCCCUUCUCAAAUAGCUACACUGGCCCGUGGGGAAAUUAUCCUGCUGUUGCUGUCCCCCUGGUUGCUCUGGGUACUCAAAGUGGAACAGUUGAUGUUGUUGAUGUUUCUGCAAAUGCUGUCGCAGCGAGUCUUUCAGUGCAUAAUAGUACAGUUAGGGGAUUACGUUGGCUUGGAAAUUCAAGACUUGUUUCGUUUUCUUACAGUCAGGUGAAUGAAAAAACUGGAGGUUACAUUAAUAGGCUUGUUGUAACCUGUCUUAGAAGUGGUCUUAACAGACCAUUUCGGGUUCUACAAAAGCCAGAGCGUGCUCCCAUUAGAGCGCUACGAACUUCUUCAUCUGGAAGGUAUCUUCUUAUUUUGUUCCGUGAUGCGCCUGUGGAGGUUUGGGCAAUGACAAAAACUCCCAUCAUGCUUAGAUCAUUAGCUCUUCCAUUCACGGUAUUGGAAUGGACUCUUCCAACAGUUCCGCGACCAGUUCAAAAUGGUCCCUCUAAGCAAGUUUCAUUGAAAGAUCAAACACCUGUAGCACAAGAUCGAGCAUCUACUGCAAAGGAAUCUUCAUCAGAAUCUACAGCAGUGAGCUCAGAUGCUUCUCAAGAUGACACUGCAGAAAGUUUUGCAUUUGCACUAGUAAAUGGUGCUCUUGGAGUUUUUGAGGUUCAUGGGCGGAGGAUACGAGAUUUCAGACCGAAAUGGCCUUCAUCUUCAUUUGUGUCUUCCGAUGGAUUGAUUACCGCCAUGGCCUACCGCUCACCUCAUGUUGUUAUGGGGGAUAGGUCUGGGAACAUACGGUGGUGGGAUGUAACAACUGGACAUUCUUCAUCAUUUAACACUCACAAAGAAGGAAUCAGGAGAAUCAAAUUCUCACCUGUUGUUCCUGGGGACCGUAGCCGGGGGCUUAUUGCUGUCCUUUUUUAUGACAAUACAUUUUCUGUAUUCGACCUUGAUUUGCCGGACCCAUUAGCCAAUUCACUUUUACAACCUCUAUUUCCUGGAACUCUUGUGUUGGAACUCGAUUGGUUGCCUGUGCGAACUAAUAAAAGUGAUCCUCUGGUAUUAUGUAUUGCUGGAGCAGAUAGUAGCUUCCGCCUUGUUGAGGUUAAAAUAAAUGACAAAAAACUUAGCCAUGGUCUCCAACCCCGAGCUAUUAAAGAAAAAUUUCGGCCUAUGCCUAUAUGCUCUCCAAUUCUGCUUCCUACACCACAUGCACUGGCAUUGCGGAUGAUCUUGCAACUAGGUGUCAACCCUUCUUGGUUUAACACCUGCAGUACAACUAUAGACAAGAGGCCUCACUUAAUUCCUGGAACUGCUUCAUUCAGAGGGGAUCUUCGGAGUUACAUGAUUGAUUUACCACCUGUUGGUGACUCUGUGGUGCCAGAAAUGCUCCUCAAAGUAUUAGAGCCUUAUAGAAGAGAAGGCUGCAUUCUUGAUGAUGAAACGGCUAGAUUAUAUGCUAUUGUAGUCAAGAAAGGUUGUGCUGCGAGGUUUGCAUUUGCAGCUGCAAUUUUUGGUGAAACCUCAGAAGCACUUUUCUGGUUGCAGUUGCCUCGUGCUCUUAAACAUUUGAUGGAUAAGUUAGUUGCUAAGCCCACACAGAAAGCGCCUGUCUCAGCAUUGACCCCGGAGCUCGAUGACGUUACUAUGCUGAAUAGAAUUUCAUCAAAGGGGAAGUCAGUAACUGGAACUGAGAAAAGGGAUUCAUUGAAUCAAGGCCAACUUAAAUCAAUGGCUUUCCAGAAAGAAGAACUACGGGAAAGUGCUUGCGAGCGCAUUCCUUGGCAUGAGAAAUUGGAGGGAGAAGAGGCUAUUCAGAACCGAGUACAUGAGCUUGUAUCUGUUGGGAACUUAGAAGCAGCAGUCAGUUUGUUGCUUUCUACUUCUCCUGAGAGCUCUUAUUUCUAUGUAAAUGCUCUACGUGCAGUCGCUCUUUCGUCUGCUGUGUCAAGGUCUCUUCAUGAGCUUGCAGUUAAGGUUGUUGCGGCCAACAUGGUCAGGACUGACAGGUCACUGUCCGGCACUCACCUUCUCUGUGCUGUUGGAAGGUAUCAAGAAGCUUGUUCUCAGUUACAAGAUGCAGGAUGCUGGACUGAUGCUGCGACUUUAGCAGCUACACAUUUAAGCGGAUCCGAUUAUGCAAGGGUGUUGUUAAGGUGGGCCAACCAUGUCCUCCGCGCUGAACACAACAUCUGGAGGGCUCUUAUUCUAUAUGUCGCAGCUGGUGCGUUACAAGAUGCCCUUGCAACACUCCGGGAAGCACAACAGCCUGAUACAGCUGCCAUGUUUAUACUUGCCUGCCAUGAAGGUCAUGCACAGUAUAUAUCAAAUUUAGGCAAUUCAGAUGAUGAAUCAGGGUCUUCGACCAAGGAUGCUCUAGCUAACUUGCCAGGGUUGAAUCCAGAGAACGAAGAUGUCACUGCGGUUGGUGAAUAUUAUGGGCAAUACCAAAGAAAAUUGGUGCAUCUAUGCAUGGACUCCCAGCCAUUUUCUGAUAAUUAA